CGCUAAUACAGAAUCGUUCGGACGGAAUUAUCGCCGGUCGAAUCCAUUACAUUCGUGUUGAUCUGUGGGCCGAACGGUCGCAUGAACUUGCAUUGUACACUUGGAACCGCGUUGCAAUACGUAUCGAGACUUGAUUGUUUUUAGCUCACCGUCGAUGAAUUGUCGCCCCCAUGCCGCUCAUCGAUCUAGUAUCGACGUUUUGUUACAUCACCGCCACCUGCAUCACCACAGACAUGCAGGAAAGAAGACCCAUAGCAGCACCUCUUAUUGGGACUAGACAAACGAUGAACAUUCCUAUGAGAUCGACUUUACCUCCAGUGUUAAUUACUUCAACGGUGUCUAGUUCUGCUCCAAUAGCCGCGUCCAGCGAACUGAUACCACUCACUCUCAACAUUAAUUCCAUCCCGGCUCAAAAUUCUCUGACCCCUGUGGUAAACUCAACAGCAAAUGGUAAUUCCAAAGUUUCAAAUAACUCCAAGAACGCGGUAAAUUCCAAAGUUGUUCCAAACUCCAAAGUAACAUUCACCUCUAAAUCAGGUUCUGAUACCCGCAAGAAUAUUCGUGAAAGUUCACCGUAUCCUACACGGUACGAUUACAUUGAUGUGGAAACUGUGAUGAACAAUGAGAGAAUAGUUAAAGCAUUGUUUAAUUGCGUUAUGGAAAAAGGACCGUGUACUAGAGAAGGCUUGGAAUUAAAAAGAAUCAUACCAGAUGCUUUGCAAACGGAAUGUGCUAAAUGUACUGAUCGCCAAAGAAAGCAAGCCGGAAAAGUUUUAGCUCAUUUGAUGCAUUACAAACCUGAUUAUUGGAAAAUGUUAUGGGAAAAAUUUGAUCCUAAUAAUGUUUACUUGAAAAAAUUUUUAGUGGACGAAAAAGAGAAUGCUGUUAAUAAUACCAUAAGAACAAGCAGAAAAAUAUAACAAGUUUAAUCAAUUUUUUUGAGUUAAUAAUAUAUUUAUUAAUAUAUAAUAUUAUUGUAUGUUAGAUACACAAUAUAAAUUAUUUCCCCAACCGGUUUAAUAACAUGUGGAAUAUUUGCUCAUAUUGUAAAUAUAAAUUUAUUAAUAGUAAAAAUCAAUAUUUUAUAUUGAAUAAUAAUAAUAAUUUUGCAUUAUAUUUUUUUUGUACUUGUACGUAUUGAAAUAUUUGAAUUUUUUAUUUUUGUGAUAAUUAUGGCUAGGGCUAGAAUUACAAUGCACUUCUAAAUUAUCAUUUUAUUCGACCAAUAUAUAAAUUUAAACGAAUCUAUAGACUAGCAGGUGAUAAUUUCUAAAACUACACUUUCCUAACGAAAAAUCGUAUGUACGAAAUAAUUCGGAAACUCUUACAAUUUUUUUUUUUAUAUAAAAAAACUUUUAUUUUGUAUUUUUCAGAUGUUUUAUUUUUAAGACGUUCUUACUUUUUUAAUAAGGACAUAAGAAUCGCAAUGAAUCUUUAACUUUAUUUUGAAUAAAAUUAAAGACAAAAUUAUUGUUUGAGGUAAAAUAAAUUGAUUAAAAUCAAAAUAAAAUAUGUGAAAAAAUGUAAAAAGUUAAUAUUAUUAAUAAAAUAUUAACUUAGUUUUUUAUUUAUAAAAAUUGUUAUUCUUUAAUUUUUUUUAUGUUACAUAAAAAAAAAAUAAUGAGAAAUUUUAGGCAAUACUAUACAUGAAAAGAAAAUCUAUUAGUAAACAUUCAUGUGUAAAUUUAUACAACGCAAUUUGAGUUAUUUUUUGUAAUAUAUUCAUUAUUAUUUAAAAAGUAUAAUUAUAUGUAAUUAAAUUGUAUUUAAGUCAACAAUA